GGUUUAAGCACCACUUUGGUAUAAAAACUAUCCCUUCUCAAAACUUCAAACUACUCUUUCCAUUACCCCCAACCAUGGACGAAAAAUAUUCCCUUAGAGACUACUCUCUGUCCCCGGACAAACACACCUCUUGCUUCACGUCCUUGUUCAGCCUCUACCAAGGGCUCCCAUCCGCGCAAUUCAGCGACUCUGACUCCUGUGACGACGAGAGCUUUGCUGCUGAGCCAGCCCCUGUCUCCGUGUAUGACUCCACUGAGAUCUUGCGCCGCUUGCGCGAGCACAUGUCGGACCACGGGGUUGGCGUCUACAUCAUCCCGUCGGAAGACGAACACCAAUCGGAAUACACUGCUGACGCCGACAAGAGAAGAGGAUACGUGUCUGGCUUUGACGGUUCGGCCGGUGUGGCAAUUGUGGCAUCCAAACACGCAGCGUUAUCCACGGAUGGUCGCUACUUCCUCCAGGCGGAGCAGCAGCUCGACGCCAACUGGGAGUUGCUCAAACAGGCGACGCCAGGGUACCCUACGUGGCAGUCCUGGGCCCUUAUGCAGAUCUUGGACGGCCACACCGAAUACAGAUCGUUGGGGAUCGACCCCCGCUUGAUCUCCAAGGCUAGCGGCGACUAUCUUGCCGAAAUGUGUGCCAGACACCGUAUCGAGUUGAAGCUUGUGUAUGAUAAUUUGGUGGAUUCCGUGUGGACAAACAAGCCUGAACGCUCCACGGUUCCGGUUUACGAGUUGCCAUUGGCGUAUUCCGGAGAAACGUCUGCUUCCAAGCUUGCCAGAAUCCAGGAGCACCUCACAGCCUCCAGCGCCGAGGGCACGGUUAUCUCCGCGUUGGAUGAAAUUGCGUGGAUUUUCAACUUGAGAGGGACCGACAUUGCCUUCAGCCCGGUUUUUUUUGCCUACAGCAUUAUCACCCCAAGUAAGGUGGUUCUUUACAUCAACCAAGUGAAGCUUGGCCCUGCCACGCGUAAGCACUUGGCUGAACUUGGCGUGGAGAUCAAGGACUACGCCCGGGUCUGGGAGGAUAUCACCCUGGUAUUUGUCCAAGGGAAGGUGAUUCUUCCGCAGUCGGCAUCCUACGCGUUGGUGGCCAGGUUGCCAGCGCUGGUUCCGUACGAGCUUGCGUCAUUCGUGGAGGACUGGAAGGCGAUCAAGAACCCCGUCGAGUUGGAAAACGCUCAGAUUGCCCAGACUAAGGAUAGCAUUGCCACCAUCCAGUUGUUUGCCUGGUUGGAUGCACAGCUCCGCAAGGGUCGCCGUGUUACCGAGUGGGACGUUGCGGUGAAAAUCGCCAAGCUCCGUGCCAAGCAGCCUCACUACAAGGGCUUGUCCUACGAAACCAUCUCCUCUUCAGGCCCUAACGGUGCAAUCAUCCACUACGCCCCCACCGCCGAGCACCAUGCCGUAAUUGAUCUGCGCCAGCUCUUUUUACUUGACUCGGGUGCACAGUACUUGGAAGGGACCACCGAUAUUACACGUACGGUGCACUUCGGGAAGCCAACCAGCGAAGAAAAGGUGUACUACACGGCAGUUCUCCAGGGCCACCUCAACCUUGCGAGGGAAGUCUUUCCCGGAAACGGCUCUGUCACGGGCCAGAACCUCGACAUUCUCGCAAGAACCCCGUUGUGGCGUCUUGGGGUGGAUUACAAGCACGGCACCGGCCACGGGAUUGGGUCAUUCCUAGGGGUCCACGAAGGGCCAAUCGGUAUUGGGAGUAACUCGUCGGGGAAGACCAAUCCCGCCAGGUUGGCCGUGGGGAACGUCUUGUCAGAUGAACCGGGCUUUUAUAAGGAUGGCGAGUACGGCAUUAGAAUCGAGAGUGACUUGGCAAUUGUGGAGAGUGGCAGGGAGUCUAACGGAACCAAGUUCUUGAAGUUUGACUACAUGACCCAGGUGCCAUUUGCCCGCAACUUGGUAAACUGGGAGACGUUGAGCGGUGAGGAAAGGGCGUGGAUCGGUGAAUACUACAAGGAGUUGAGAAGGGUAUUGAAGCCGAGAUUGUUGGAACUUGGUGAUAAGCGGGCCUGGAAGUGGUUGGAUAAGGAAACGAGUGCUUUUUAGGGGUUGAUGUAUGGUUCUAGUGUAAUCUUUUGAAUUUAUAACGAUCGGCUCCGGUGUAGAAAUAGAUACGAGUAUUUCCACUGGAUCAAAGAGACGUAUAAAUAAGUAAGGCCAUCCAAUUGAUUAUAUGUCAUGCUCAAAGCUUUGUUGGGCUUAUGGGAUUUUUUUCAAACAUUUAACAGAUGGAGGAUGAUUCGAUGUUGGGAUCUACCGAACUAUAUCUCUUUUCCUUUAUCCGGUCAAGAGCCGCACGUUCAAAUUUUGCGCGCAGGAGAACGUUCCCAUAAAACAAAUGUCUUUACAUAGUUUAAUUCCAG